AUGGAAGUUGUUUUGGCGUCGUCGUCUGUUGACGGCGGCAUAGGGUGCUGGGACCUUCACACCGGCGCGGAGCAGCUCCGCUACAAAUCUUGCUCCUCGCCUUCUCACGGCCUCGUCGCUGUAGGUCCUCGCUUUAUCGCCUCCUCUCAGCUUCGAGAACCUUCCGCAACAUCCGGUUCUGUUCUCUUCUGGUCUUGGUCCAAGCCUCAAGUUGAAGUGAAGAGCUUCCCCGCUGAACCCAUUAAGCCCCUUGCCUCUAAUCACCCUGGAACCUUCAUAGCGGGUGGAGCAUUGUCUGGUGACAUUUACUUGUGGGAAGUUGGAACCGGUAGAUUGCUUAAGAAGUGGCGUGCACAUUUCAGGGCAGUUACUUGUUUGGUUUUUUCUGAAGAUGACUCGCUGUUGGUAUCUGGCUCAGAAGAUGGAACCGUAAGACUUUGGUCUCUCUUCAUGAUAUUUGAUGAUUAUAGAGGUCAGCAAGCAAAUAAUCUUUAUGAGUAUAGUUUUUCAGAGCACACCCUGCGUGUGACUGAUGUUGUGAUUGGUAAUGGAGGAUGCAAUGCAAUUAUUGUGUCAGCUUCAGAGGAUCGAACUUGCAAGGUAUGGAGCUUAUCUAGGGGAACACUACUAAGAAAUAUAGUAUUCCCUUCAGUUAUUGAUUCCAUUGCAUUGGAUCCAGCCGAACAUGUCUUUUAUGCUGGCAGUAGAGAUGGAAAGAUAUUUAUUGCCGCACUGAACUGUGAAAGCGUUGCUACUAAUAAUUAUGGAAUGCAUAUCGUUGGUUCUUUUUCUAACCACAGCAAAUCAGUUACUUGCUUAGCAUAUGGCACGAGUGAUGAUUUGUUAAUAUCUGGGUCAGAGGAUGGAAUGGUUCGUGUUUGGAAUGCUCGAACUCGUAACAUUGUCCGAAUGUUCAAACAUGCUAAAGGGCCUGUGAAUAAUAUUCUCGUUGUUAGACGAGAAGACUCUAGAAAUCACAUAUCUUCUAAUGUACAAACAUCAUCAAGAAAGCAAGGGGCUAAUUUACCCCCUCCAUUGGAAAAAUAUGCAAAUGCAAUAGAUGAAUACUCAGAUAUCAAGACUAUGAUUAGCCUUGGGGAUGGCAGGAGUUCCGUGGAUCCUUCAUACAUCAGCUCUCAAGUGAUAUCUAAUUAUAUUAAGGAACUUCAGCAUCAAGGUUCAGCUGCUUCUUCAGAAAUGGAGACCGAGAAACUAAAACAUGAUUACCAAAGGUCAAUGCAAAUGGCUAAUCAAUGGAAGAAAAUGUUCGUUUACUCAAUUCCACUUCCUACGAAACUACACACUCACUCUUUCUCUCUCUUGAUUCCCUUCGUAAUGGCUGAUGGACUCACGGUCCUCGCCGAUGCUCUGUCGCCGUCGUCCUCCUCCUCCUCAGCCGACUUUCUCCAGAAGCUCCGCUCCGAUGAUGCCGUGCGGUUAGGUCUCAACGCCUUCUGCUCGGUCCUCCGCCACGGUCUCCAAUCGUCCGAUGACGGAACCUUGCGCUUCCUCUCCUGGAACGACGCACAGAUUCACGCGAUUUCUUCUUUCGCCUACGCAAUCGCAUCCGUUUCUCGAUCUUUGUCAGUGGAGCAAGCCGACGGUGUGCUGGUUGCAAUUGUCCAGCAGUCUAUAGAAUUUGCUCUCUGCUAUUUGGAGAAUUCUGGAUUCGAUAGUGACGAACUAGGAAUUCAGGAAGACAAAUCAAUGGAUUGGCUUCUGAAGACUUUGGCUUCUGAACGUGUGCCUCAUGAUAGACAAGAAUCUGGAUUCACUGAACAAACUUAUAAUCAAUAUUUCAAUAAUUUUCUCUUUCUAUCCCAGCACUGGGCAGUUGUCCAUGGGAAAUUCACUCCUCGCUUGAUCUUGCUGUGCAAUAAGCUAGCUAAAGUAAAAGAUGUAUUGGAUGAGAGGGCUGUGAGUCAAAAUUUUCGAAGGAGACUGUCAUUCAAUUUGAGGAUGUUAAAGAUACUUGGAAGUCUUUUAAAGGAUGUUCCGUAUGUUAAAUAUGAUGCCGUAUUGAUGAAGGCAGUUGCCACAUUUUCUGAUACUCUAUCUAGUUUGUUUAGAAUUAAGUUGGAGUUUGUGAAUACCUAUGCUACUUCAGAAGGAAGUUUUGAUAGCAUGAUUUUAAUGGUUAUUGAAGAAUUUCUUUUCAGUGUUCAGGUUAUUUUUGGCAAUAGCAAUGUUGCCCAGAAUAUUCAAACAUGUAUUAUAAUAGCUAUAUUGGAGAGUUUGGAUUCUUCUGUUUGGACAUAUGACCAAUCUUCUCCCAAUUUGAAGCCCCCGCUUGCUUACUUCCCCAGAUUUGUUGUUUAUACACUGAAGCUCAUUAAUGAUCUGAAAAGACAGAGGCAUCUAAUUCCUUUUGAGUGGACAGACUUUGAGGAGGAACUUGUUGGCAGUUCUACUGACUCACAGAUUGGUUCUGCUUCAUGUCUUAUUCAUCUGGAAUCUGUUCCUUUGCUGAAGGGAUGUACUUUUGAAGAGCUUCUAAAAUUGAUAUUUCCUGUGUCAAGCCAAUGGAUUACCAAUUUGAUGCAACUUGCUUUAUUCCUUCAUUCUGAAGGACUGAAAUUAAGGCCAAAAUUGGAAAGGUCCCAGUCUAGUUUGGCUAAAGUUGCUGGGACAUCUGAAGUUGAAAAUGCAGUAUGCCAUGAGGAUGAGGCUCUUUUUGGGGAUCUUUUUUCUGAAACUGGGCGAUCUGUUGGAUCUACUGAUGGAUGUGAACAACCACCUGUUACUGCUUUAGUUUCUAGUUCUAGCUACCAAAAUAUGCCAAUGCAAGCUGCUAUAGAACUUUUGAGCUUUCUCAAAACAUGCAUCUUCUCUGCUGAAUGGCAUCCUUCUCUUUUUGCUGAUGCCUGCAACAAACUCAGUAGUAGAGACAUUGAUAUUUUGCUUUCCCUACUCAAUUGUCAGGGCUGUUGUUCUGAAGAUAAUAUGUCUGAUAGUUGUACCCCUUUACAUGAUGAUGGAAAGAUUGGGCAUAUUCAUGAUCUGUGCUUUGAUCUUUUACACAACCUUCUCUUUAACCAUGCUUUGAAUGAUUCUCUCGAAGACUACCUUGUGGAUAAAAUCCUAACUGUUGAGAAUGGUUCUUUCUGUUACAAUGACAAAACCCUGACCCUGCUUGCUCACACAUUGUUUUGUAGGGUUGGUUCUUCUGGUAGUCAGUUGAGAACAAAGAUUUUCAGGGUAUAUGUUGACUUUGUUGUUGAGAAAGCAAAAGCAAUUUGCAUAAAAUGCCCUAGCAUCAAUGAUCUUGUUGGUACUCUCCCCUUGCUGUUUCAUAUCGAGGUAGUUCUUAUGGCAUUCCACUUGUCUUCUGAAGGAGAAAAGGCAGCGAUGGCAAAAUUAAUCUUUUCAUCUCUUAAAGAAGUUGCAAAUUCAACAUUAGAUUUUAACAGCAAUCUGUUAACAUGUUGGGCUUUAGUAGUUUCAAGGUUGAUCUUAAUUCUUCGUCAUAUGAUAUUUCACCAACAGACUUGUCCAACAUCAUUGCUCAUAGAUGUGAGAUCUAAAUUGAGGGAAGUUCCACUUUCUGGUUCAUCCAAUCCUAACAAAACUAAUGAUCACAUGUCAUCUUGGUCCUCAACUGCAUUUAAAAACAUUGCAGGUGGGUUGAUUGGAGAGGAAGCUUUUGUGAGUAGCUUGAUUGGACACCUAGUUGAUAUUUCUGGAUCUUCUGCUUCUCUUGUUAGGGAAGAUUUGGCAAUUGUCAGCUUAGGUUUGAACUGGGAAGAGAUCUAUUUUACUUUUUUGUUGAUUCUGGGAUUUUGGAGAGGUAAAAGGGCUGCUGCAGUUGAAGAUCUAAUUGUUGAAAGAUAUGUUUUCUCCCUUUGUUGGGAUAUGCCUUAUGUAGGCUUUGAUGCAGAACAUCCACUUAUAUCUUGGGAUCAAGACCACCUGUUGGAUCCAUCCAAUAUGUUGCAUUUUUUCCACUUCAGCCAUUUACUCCUUGGCCAUCCAGAGGGUAUUGGGAAGUUGGCUAUUUCUCCAAAUGUUAUAUUGAGCCUGCUUCAGGAUUUAAAUGCUUUUUCCAUACCAGAAGGCAUUGAGCAAUUAGAUUGGUAUUUCCUCAGAAGUGGAAUGUGGCUGUCUCUAGUGCUCUCGUUCACUAAUGUUGGCACAUGGAAAUAUUACACAGAUAAUGCUAUCUCUGGACAUGGUCUAACCUGGACUGAGAAUGCUUUGGGGGAUGAGAAAUAUGUCGAACUUGCUGGAAACAUGAUUUCCUCCAUGAUUGAGUCUGGCCAAUUUGUAUUGUUUGUAAAGCUGUUCUCAUCAUUGCUGAACAAGUAUUUACAAGUUUGUCAAAAUGCAUUCCUUGAUAUCCUUAGUAACAAACAAAAGCUGGCUUCUGGCUUUUCACCAUUCUUGCUUCUGAAACAUACUGAAAUGGACCAAAGCCUGCAGGAUGAGCUCUUGCAGAGGAGUGGUUCCAAUGCAGGUGAGCUGCAGUCUAUUCUUAGCCUCAUAUCAAGGUUGGAGGCUGUUCUUGAUAAAAAAACUUCUGGAAUUCUUUCUAAAGCUUCUUGGGAGUUCCUAUUGCAUGGUUUUCCUUUUAAUCUCUCUGCUUCCAGUGCUACUAUGUUGUCUUGUGUCCUUAGUAUAAGGAGAAUUGUCUUUGUCUUAGACAGCUUACUUAGAAUAAAAGAAGCAGGAAGUAAUAUUAACUUGGAGGCCGAAGUUCUUGGUCAAGUUCUUGAUGCAAUAAUGAUCAUCAAAUAUGAUAGGAUAUUUGAAAGUGUCCAUGAGCAAUGUGACAGUAUCUAUCAUAGGUUGGAUGCUGAACUGGAAUUGUCAUGCUAUGAAAAUUUAAUUCUAAUGAAACAAAUGGAAGGGUUUCUCAAGGAUGUCAAUGCUGGUGGAGCAAGUGAUUGCACUGUUCGUGAAUGGAUAAUCUCUAAAAUUAUUGAGAUAUUAAACAGUCAAAGAAAAGACCCUUCAAAGUCUGUUAUAUUUCAUUUUUAUCUUGGUGUUGAAAAUGUGCCUGAGAAGAUGAGUAGGGUUUUGCAGUUGCAUCUUGGUGAUUGCUUGGUUCUAAUAGAUUCGUUAGAUUCGUGUUUCUCUGAAUCAGUGAAUGUGAAGGUUCUUGGUUUCUUUGUGGAUCUUUUGUCCGGAGAGAAAUUUCCUGACCUCAGAAUGAAGUUACAAAGGAAAUUUCUGGACAGAGAUGUACAUGGUGUAUCUCAGUGGUUGGAGAAGAGGCUUUUAGGAAGCAUAACGGAAUCAGAUUGUGGGGUGAACUGUGCAAAUGGGAGCUCCAUUUCUCUUAGGGAGUCAACAAUGAAUUUUAUUCUGUGUCUUGUAUCACCGCCCUCUGAACAACAAUCAAAAGAACUUCAACAGCAUAUUUUUAAUUCUGCACUGGGGUCACUUGAUUCUGCCUUUUUGUUGUUUGAUGUAUAUGUAGCAAAGUCUUUUUUCAAUUUCAUUGUUCAAAUUUCUAGGGGAGAGUUUUUGAUGAAACAGCUUUUGAUGAGGACUGUAAUGUUGAUGGAGAAACUGGUCACCAAUGAAAAUCUGCUUCCUGGACUGAAGUUUCUAUUUGGCUUUAUUGAAACUGUGUUGAGUGAUUGUGGAUCUGGUAAAAUUUCCUUGCAAAAGACUACUAAUAAGUGUUCUUCAGGCAAUACUCUUGGGGUAGGACAUGCUUCUGCUCGAUUGGUUGGAUCCAGAAAAAAUUCUGAAACAUUUAUUCUUUCUGCCAAUCAAGAAGGGGGAUCAACCUCUCUCGAAUGUGAUGCUACUUCUGUAGAUGAGGAUGAGGAUGAUGCAACUUCUGAUGGAGAGGUUCUUAGCAUAGAUAAGGAUGAUGAAGAGGAUGCUAACAGUGAAAGAGCCCUUGCCUCUAAAGUUUGCACAUUUACUUCCAGUGGCAGCAAUUUCAUGGAGCAACAUUGGUAUUUUUGCUAUACAUGUGACCUGACUGUAUCAAAAGGCUGCUGCUCAGUCUGUGCCAAGGUUUGUCAUCGGGGUCAUCGUGUUGUCUAUUCACGUUCAAGCAGGUUCUUCUGUGACUGUGGAGCUGGGGGUGUGAGGGGUAGUAAUUGUCAAUGCCUGAAACCUCGGAAGUUUACUGGAGAUAGCAGUGCACCUGUUCGUGGCUCAAAUACUUUACAGUCAUUUUUACCCUUUCCUGAGGAUGGAGAUCAGCUGCCUGACAGUGAUUCAGAUUUUGAAGAAGAAAUCAGUUCAGAUGCAGAUAACUCUCUCAGGAUAAGUAUUCCAAAAGAGCUUCAAGAAGGGAUUCCAUUGUUAUUGGAAGAACUUGAUAUUGAGAGUCGGGUGCUGAAUCUUUCCUCUUCUUUGUUGCCAUUUAUACUUAGCAGACGAGAUUCUCACCAUUCCAGGGAUAAGAAGAUCAGUUUAGGUGAAGACAAGGUGAUUUCUCAUGGCAUUGAUCUCUUGCAAUUAAAGAAAGCAUAUAAAAGUGGAUCAUUUGAUCUCAAGAUAAAGGUUGAUUAUUCAAAUGCCAAAGAGCUUAAGUCACAUUUAGCAAGUGGUUCUCUUGUGAAGUCCUUACUUAGUGUGAGUGUACGAGGUCGACUUGCCAUCGGUGAAGGUGAUAAAGUUGCUAUAUAUGAUGUUGGACAUUUGAUUGGUCAAGCCACCAUUGCACCUGUGACAGUUGACAAGACCAAUGUGAAACCUCUUUCCAAAAAUAUCGUCCGCUUUGAAAUUGUACAACUUGCAUUCAAUCCUGUGGUUGGGAACUAUCUUCUUGUAGCAGGUUAUGAGGAUUGCCAGGUCUUGACAUUGAACCCUCGUGGUGAAGUGAUUGACCGCCUUGCAAUUGAACUAGCUUUGCAAGGUGCAUAUAUUAGACGGGUGGAUUGGGUUCCAAGUUCUCAAGUUCAAUUAAUGGUUGUGACUAAUAGAUUUGUUAAGAUAUAUGACCUUUCCUUGGACAACAUCAGUCCAAUGCACUACUUCACUUUGCAAGAUGACAUGAUUGUGGAUGCAGUUCUUUGUCCGGCUUCCCAAGGUAGAAUGUUUCUCCUUGUCCUUUCAGAAAAUGGAAACAUAUUCAGGUUAGAGUUGUCAGUCAAAGGUAAUGUUGGGGCUGUGCCAUUGAAAGAACUUGUACAACUUCAGGGGAAAGAGAUUCAUGCAAAGGGAUCAUCAUUAUAUUUCUCUUCAAAUUAUAAGCUACUCUUUGUAUCUUUUCAAGAUGGCACCACAUUGGUAGGUCGCCCAAGCUCUGAUGCAGCUUCUCUAGUUGAGGUGUCUUCUGUAUAUGAGGAACAAGAAAGCAAUCUGCGGCCUGCUGGAGUACAUCAUUGGAAAGAAUUGCUGGCUGGCAGUGGAUUAUUUGUUUGCUUAUCAACAAUGAAAUCAAAUUCUGCACUUACUGUGUCAAUGGGGGAAUAUGAGAUAAGUGCUCAGUGUAUGCGACAUUCAGUUGGUUCAACCUCACCUAUAGUUGGUAUGACUGCAUACAAACCAUUAUCAAAGGAUAAAAUCCACUGUCUUGUUUUACAUGAUGAUGGUAGCCUUCAAAUAUAUUCUCAUACCCCUGCUGGUGUGGAUGCUAGUACGAUUGUAGCUUCUGAGAAAGUUAAGAAAUUGGGUUCUGGAAUCCUCAAUAAAGCCUAUGCGGGCACAAAUCCUGAGUUUCCUCUAGAUUUCUUUGAGAAGACUGUGUGCAUUACACCGGAUGUAAACCUGGGUGGUGAUGCCAUUAGAAAUGGAGAUUCUGAAGGAGCUAAACAGAGUUUGGUAACCGAGGAUGGUUUUUUAGAAAGCCCAAGUCCUGCUGGUUUUAAGAAGGGUUGGUAUGUUGUUGAUGAUGAUUACAUGGGAGGUGGUUUCACUUGUGUAGUUGCUUUUUUUGCUGUGUCUUUUGAAAGUGACUGA